AUGUCAAUAAAUAAUAAUCACCCUUUUCACUUAGUAGACUAUAGUCCUUGACCUCUUACUGGAGCAAUUGGAGUAAUAACACUAGUUACAGGUAUAAUUAAAUGAUUCCAUGAAUUUAAUAUAAACUUAAUAAUUUUAGGCUACAUAAUUAUUUUAUUAACUAUAUAUCAAUGAUGACGAGAUAUUUGUCGAGAAGGAACUUAUCAAGGUAGUCAUACAAUUAUAGUAUCUAAAGGAUUACGUUGAGGAAUAAUCCUAUUUAUUAUUUCAGAAAUUUUUUUUUUUAUUUCAUUUUUUUGAGCUUUUUUUCAUAGAAGACUUUCACCUAAUAUUGACAUUGGUGCUAUAUGACCUCCCUCUAGAAUUAUUCCAUUUAACCCAUUUCAAAUUCCUCUUUUAAAUACUAUUAUUCUAAUUACAUCAGGAGUUUCAGUAACUUGAGCUCAUCAUGCAAUUAUAGAAAAUAAUUUUUCCCAAACUAAACAAAGUUUAUUUAUUACUAUUAUUUUAGGAAUUUAUUUUUCUAUUCUCCAAGCUUACGAAUAUAUUGAAGCUCCAUUUUCUAUCGCAGAUUCUAUUUAUGGGUCAACUUUCUUUAUAGCUACAGGGUUCCAUGGUCUUCAUGUAAUUAUUGGAACAAUUUUCUUAUCUGUUUGUUUUAUUCGUCACUUAAAUUCUCAUUUUUCUAGUAAACAUCAUUUUGGAUUUGAAGCAGCAGCCUGAUAUUGACACUUUGUUGAUGUAGUUUGACUAUUCCUUUAUGUAUCUAUCUACUGAUGAGGUAAUUAACUU